AUGUUUCGUUUUUAUCCAACAAUAUCAAAUGAAGCUACAAGUGAGGACGCAGCCACAUUACAAUCACGUCUUGACGACGCACAGUUACAACUUCGACAACAGAAAGCUAGUUGCAAGGAACAUGAAGAAAAAAUUACAGCUACGGAGGCUGAGAUCAAAAAGAAUUUGGCAUUAUUGAAAGCAUGUGAAAAGAAACUAGAAAGCCGAGACACAGCUAUAUCAGCACUUAAAGAACAGCUGCAGUAUGUGAAAAUACAAAACAAUGAAACCAAUAGAUUGAGGGAAGAAAAUGAGGCUUUGAAGAAAAACCUGCAGACAUUGAAUGGGUUACAGAAAGUUUUGAAUGCAACCAGCGAUGAAGUUGAAAAAAUGCUUGAAAGUUAUUCUGAUAUAAGAAUGGUAGCUACUUUUGCCACUGCAUUGAAACGGGCACUUUGUGAAUCAGAAGAUAAGAAAAACGAAUCUCGAGAUCAGAUACAAUUGCUCAAACAACAGAUAUCUACUGAAAAACGACAUGUUUCUGAAAUUCAGUCUAAGUUACUUUUAACCGAGGAAAUACUAAAGGUGACUAAACGUAAAUACUUCACUUUGAAACACAAACGUAAGGCGGAUAAAUUGGAUUCAUCAGAAUCUGUAUAUUUGGCGGUGAAGCAAAUGAAACCCGACUUAGACCUCAACGAAGCUGUCCUAGUUCCAGAUAGUGAUACAAGCAACACUAGUAUUAAUACAAUGGUGAAUAGAAUAGAAAAUUCAGAAUCACCAUACUUAAGUUUAAAACAAAGCAGCCUGGCGCUGACUGCUUUACAAAGACAUCCCACACAUCCAUUACCUGAUAGAAACCUUAAGCCAUCAGAACUAGCUCUGUUUAACUCAGCUCGGAACGCAGUCAGCAAGAAACCAGAAAUACAGAAAACAAGCAUCUUUCAUCAAAAGGAACCAAUUAAGAUACAAUUAUCAUCAGAAAAUGACCCGAAUAUGUCAUUAUUAAACAUAUCGUAUGACGGCCUUGGAGGUCACUCCAAACAUGACACUUUCCCCUCACCGAGACAAUCAUUGAAAAGUUUCAUUCCAAAACUAUCAGCUAAACACAAAUUAAAAAGACCAAAUCCUAUUGGAAGUAGAGAUAUAAGCAAAAUGCUGAAAAAAUCUUAA